AUGUCUUCCGUCCGCGACUCCUAUUAUGCACAAGGCCUGUCGGACGAUGCCGUAGAAGCUGAUAAUGAAGGAAAGGACCUAGACGCCGCAGAACGCAGAAGGCUGAUGUUUAGGUUGGGAUCUUCCUUCUUUCUGUUUGGACUCAUCAAUAACGUACUCUAUGUCAUCGUAUUAUCAGCCGCGUUGGACCUCGUACCUGCAUACGUACCUAAAGGCGUAGUAGCCUUCUUCAAUAUUGCGCCUGCGUUCGCCGCGAAGGUGCUCUGGCCUAUACUCUCGAAAGGAACGAUCCGGUAUUGGAGGAGGUUGGCGGGAUGCUGCACACUUAGCGUCCUGGGGAUGGUGAUCGUGGCGGGCUUCGACUACACCGCUAUGAGGCUGCUUGGCAUCGGCCUGGCGUCCUUCGCAUCAGGACUCGGUGAACUCACCUUCCUCCAAUUCUCGACUACCUAUCACCCACCAGUAGUAGCAGGGCUCGGCCUUGGCUACUUCUCAUCCGGAACGGGCGCCGCGGGCCUCGUCGGCGCGUUCCUCUGGUGGAACCUACGCACAUUGGGCGUCAGAAUAGGCGUAGGCAUAUCCGCCGUCCUCCCCCUCGUAAUCCCCCUAGUCUACCAACUCUGGAUCCCGCGCCCCGAAGCCUUCACCCUAAUCGACCUCCCCGCCACCUACGACGACGCAGGCGACAUCCCCAUAUCCGACGAAUACGCGCCCCUCGCCGCGUCCGACGAAGGCCUGCACAGCUUCGAGGCCGUAAGCGGGUUCGAGGAGGAGGGCGCCGCCGCGCCGAGCAGGCAUCCGACUGCGCUGAGUGCGGCCGAUAAGAGGCGGCUGUUCGUGCCGCUGGUGUUGAAGUAUAUGUUGCCGCUGUUCUGUGUAUAUUUGUUUGAAUACACUAUUAAUCAGGGUAUUGCGCCUACGCUAGUUUAUCCCGUCCCGGACCCGGAGACGUACCCCUUCCUCAAAUUCAUACAUUCGAUACGGGACUAUUAUCCUCUCUGGCAGCUCGUCUACCAAGCAGCCGUAUUCAUCUCCCGCAGCUCAAUCUCGCUCGGCCUCCCACCUCUCCCCGCUCGACUCCUGUACCUCCCCGCCGCAAUCCAAGCUAUGAUCCUCGCCAUCCUCGCCGUCGAAUCCGCAACAGGGUUCAUCCCCGACAGCUCCGAAGGACUAGCCAUCAUCAUGUGCUUCAUCCUCAUAGCCAUCGAAGGCUUCUGCGGCGGCUCAGCAUACGUCAACGUAUUCUACCGCGUCUCCCAAGAACGCCCCUCGCCGGGCCUACCCCGCGAACGCGCCAAACAAGAAAAAGAGUUCCAGAUCGGCGCGAUCGGGCUCGCGGACAGUCUGGGCAUUUUGAGCGCGAGCCUGUUGGCGGUGCCGACGGAGGUUGGGCUGUGUAGGGCGCAGGUUGCGCGGGGGAAGGCGUUUUGUCGGGAGUUGUAG